AUGAAGUUCUUCGCUACCAUUGCCCUCCUCGCCACCGCUGUGGCCGCCGCCCCAUCUGAGCGACUCUUCAGCUUGAAGACCUCUGGCGCCAGCAACAGCUCUCACAACGAUCUGUACCUCUCCGUUGGUCGUGGCAUCAUCAAUGACCCCCUCAACAAUGAGGCCGUCUUCGCUGGCGCUACUGCUGACCGUGCCGCCGUCUUUACCUUCGCCAACGGCUCCAUCAUUCUCGAUGUCAAGACCCGGGGGUCCAACGAGCCCUGGAGAUUGGACCUAAUCAACGUGGAGGGUGUCCGCAAGGAGCGCGCUCAGAUCAGCAUCAAGCCCACUCACGGCUCCAGGGGAUUCUCUAACAGCCCUGAGGGAAUUAAGGGACCGAGCGAGACCUGGGAUGGCUGGUUGUGGUGCCCUACCAACGUCGAGGCUGGCCAGUUCUUCCCCAACCUCCACUUCCUCAGCAAGUCUGUCCAGGAACCUGCUGUUCCUGAAGGCUGUGAUAAGAUUGAGCUCCACGCUGUGCCCGCAAAGUCUGCUUAA